AUGGAGUCUCAUCCUAUGAUCAUUGACAGCCAUAUUCACUUUUGGAGGACCAAGGACAUCCCCACACUCGCUUGGGAAACCCCGGAAAACCCUCUGUUCGGCACAUACGAUCUUGAUAGAUACUUAGAAUCCAUUCUCUCUGCCCCUUCGAGCUACUCCGGCUUCGUAUUCGUCGAAACUGAUAGAAAAUAUACCGAUCCAAAGGAUCCAUCCGAGGACCUGCAGUGCUGGGAACAUGUUCUCGAGGAAUAUCGGUUUGUGCUUAGCCUUUCGAAAGAAGAAGAAUGGAACGAUCUAGUAAGAGGUAUUGUCCCGUGGGCUCCUGUGCAUCUUGGCCGUGAGGUUAUGGAGCGAUAUCAGAAGCUCUUGGAUGCUGUUGAUGCAGAAAUAUAUGGAGAAGAAAAGCACGGAUUACUAGUUGGAUUUCGGUAUUUAAUCCAAGAUAAACCGCAAGGAACGGCGUCGCACCCAAAGUUCUUGGAGGGACUGGAAUAUAUAAGGGACACAGGAAGGACAUUUGACGUCGGGGUUGAUUGUAAUCGCCAUACCUUGUGGCAGCUUGAAGAAGCAGUUCCAGUGUUAAAGCGAGUGAAGGGGCUAAAGAUAGUCCUCAAUCAUCUUUCAAAGCCACCGCUUGGGAGAGAACCAGAAGGAGGAAUGGCAAGAUGGAGAGAGUUAAUGACCGAAUUGGCGGAGACACAGGCUGCUGUGAAGCUUUCAGGCGGGUUUUCAGAGAUACCGCCAACCUUAUCGAAAGAAGGAGAUGGAUUCCCCGAGCAAAAGAUGAUUAACAUGGUCUUGGAUUAUGCACGGCCCCUCUUUCAAAUCUUUGGAGCCAGCCGGGUAAUAUUCGGUAGCGAUUGGCCUGUGUGUGGAGUCGGAUACGAAAAAAUCACGGGUGAACAAGCAGGGGCAUGGCCUGAAUGGUUUAAAAUCUCUACCGCCGUUAUUAAACAACUUAAAGAGGAAGGAGGGGUAGCGGGCGAGCCAGAGGACUGGAAUGGUAUCUGGGGAGAGAACGCUUUGGGUGUAUAUAAUUUAAAACCUCAGUAG